AUGGCUGCCCAGCUUCUCCAGCUCCUCCUCUUUCACGCCCAACUCUCGACCACAAGCGCAAACCUCACGCCGAACUACAUGUCGACCGACGCUACCUGGCUAACUAUUGCUAGCAUGGCGUCUCCUCUUCUCGAGCGACUCUUGCUCGCCCAUCCGCCAGUCAGAGCACACCCGGACCGGGGCCAUCUGCAGGCCGUGUCGACCCUGACUGGUCCGCCCCCGUGGGCCCUGCAUGCAAGGCAGCAGGCUUCGGCGCUUAAAGUCAAGUCUGUGGCUGUCAUUAGCCAACGAUUGUUGGCCAUUUCUCUGAGAUGCGUCACCAACUUCCAAGUCACCGUUGUGAGACAAGACAGCCUGGCUUGCUCCGCACCCUCCUUGUGA